AUGGCUCCUCCGGUGGUGGCCCCACCUCCUGCUCCCCAACCAGCCCCGGCAGUCCUCCCGCCGGGCAUUCCCAUGGAGAUCGACCAAACCAGAGCCCACAGCAGUUUUUGUCGCACCUGCUUCCGAUGCAGCAACCCAGGACACCUGGCCCGGGACUGCCUGACUCCCGCCAAUGUCCGGCAUGCUGACGUCCUGGACAAAGUGAUCAAUCAGCUGGGAAGCGACCUGUUGGCGGAGUUAGUGGCCUGGCUAGCGACUAUGGCAGCUGUAGAAGAGCGUGAAGCGGAAUUUGCCGACGAGUUGGAGCAGGGUUUUCUCCCCCGCAACGAGUGA